AUGUGGCGUUUCUUCACCUACCUUCGCCUAAAGGCGAUCGUCACGUUGCUCCGCUUGUUUGUACGGCUACGCGGCGCGCCCGCAAUCUCACCCAGCGCCAGCGUGCUGCACAUCCCGUCGCGCGACCCGCAACGCACCAUCAAAGCACACGUCUAUCGCUCCUCGGCCCAUGCGACCGACUCCUCCACCCCGACGCCCGUUCUCUUCAACUUCCAUGGCUCCGGCUUCAUGCUGCCGCUGCACGGCAGCGAUGACUACUUCUGCACGCUGAUCGCUGCCAAAACGCCGUACACGGUGCUCGACAUCCAAUACCGCCUCGCGCCCGAGCACCCUUUCCCCGCCGCCGUCAACGACGCCGAGGACGCACUCAAGUACGUGCUCGCCAACCCGACUCUUUACGACGCCCGCCGCCUCGCCGUCUCUGGCUUCAGCGCCGGCGCCAACCUCGCAAUAGUCGUCGCCGGCGCCCUGCCCGCCAGCUUUCCCCCCGGUACCUCCAUCGGCACAUGCAUCGCCUUCUAUCCGGGCACGGAUAUGACCAUCGAUCCCGGCGAGAAGAAGGCGCCCGAUCCCACCGGCAAAGCCAUUCCGCCAUGGUUCGCAAGGCUGAUCAACGAGUGCUACAUCCCGCCGGAUGUGAGCGCCAGCGAUCCGCGCAUCAGCCCCUGCUAUGCCGACCUGGCCAAUUUCGCGGGCAUGACAUUCGCCUUGCUGUCGGCUGCGCGCGACAAUCUGGCGCCUGAAUCGGAGAAGUUUGCCGCGAGACUCGAGGAGGUUGAGGGGACGACGGUUGUCCGGAAAAGGUUCGAGGGGUGCAUUCACGGGUUUGAUAAGCACGCGGAACCGGGAAGUGGGAAUGAGAAGGCCAGAGAUGAGGCAUAUGGGAUUGCGGCGGAUCUGCUGAUGGGGCAGUAG